CAGAGGGACACACAAACAACAUUAAACAAACCCUCACGGAGAUUGAAAUCAUUGUUUUGUCGUUCCACUUACAGACACAUACACAAAAGCACAACCAUCAUGUCGAUGUCCGCGGCGCAGGCGAGGACAACUCUUAAAGAGGUAAUGCAAUACGCUGAGGAAGGCAUCUACUACGAUGACGACGGGGAGCUUGAACUACUAACGGAGAGAGUGCCCAGCUACUUCGAAGUCAGAGUGAAUAUUCGUGCAAGCAUCGCUGCGAACGGAGAGGAGUCGCUCAGAGCAUGGAUGCUAUUGGCACGGUUCACAGAGGCGCGUGAUUUGCGUGUAGACGACAAUGCUGAUACCGGUGCAUACAGCUUGAGAAAAGUGGUUGGUUGGAUGUGCACAGAAGGGAUGUCUGCUGAAGGGGACGUGGAUAUAACAAAGCAACAGCAGGGCGGAACAUACACAGCAGUUGAUUUAAAAAAGAUGCUCAUGACACAGGCGAGGAAAUGGGGAAUGCUUGUUGGAGAUUCUAACGACGAGCUGAAGAGCGGUGCAGCAAAAAUUCUGUUGCUGUCGCGUUUCAAGGACAUACCGCAAUCUCCCCCGCAAGACUUCCAAGAUCUUCCAGUCAUUAUUGCAAACGGGGUGGAGUAUGUCUUAUUCGACCAGCUGGUGGAUUUCAUGCAAAAGAGUCCUCAGGAUCGGAAUGUCAUACAUAAGGCAUUGCAUGAUGUGACAGAGCAAGCACAGGCGGGCAAGGACCUCGUUAACUACAAGAUGCGGACUGUGGAAGAGGAUGUCAUAUGUGGAACUCCAUUAUGGGAUGAAAUAUUCAUCGAAGCUUUGCAUCGCCUCACCAUCGCGACUUCUGACGUGGACAGAAAGAGGUCAAGGGAGGAAGGAUGGAAGUUGAUCGCCAGGGAAGCAAAUGUUGCACUUCAAGCUGCAGAUGGACACACUUCAUCAGGGGAAGAAAUUGACAGAACAGUCUCCUUCGUGCGAGGCAAUCGGUCGACGGGUAUGGCUGCAGAGGCUGGAAAGAGACCCAAGAGGGUGGACGAGGAACACUUGUUCCUGUUCACGUGGAAAUCAAGAAGACACGCCAUAUUGAUAACAAAACGGGACGUAUUGCGAUUGGGUGCCAAGCAGUGGCUGAACGAUAACGUGAUCGAUAUGUACUUACAGUCCAUCUAUGACGAACAUUUUCGAGACGGAGACAAUAUGACACUUCAUGUUUGCACAUCUUUCUGGCACCCCACAGUCAUCGCUAAUCAUAAGGUUUAUAUCGCGAAAGCGGGAUGGCAGGGGCGGAUCAAGAGUACAUCGCCAAAGCUGCGUCGAAUAAGCAAUGAACUGCGAACAACAAGUAUUGUUCUCAUCCCUAUGAAUCACGAAAACCAUUGGAAAUUGCUCUUGCUACUGAAUGUCGGUCAGUUUUUGGCAGUCACGGAGGACAACGAUGACCAGAAACGACCUAUUGCGAUCGUUAUCGAUUCCUUUCAACAGAACGGCCGACAGGAAUGGAAGGCAUUGCGCACAUUUUUGUGGUAUGAAUACCUCAGUGAGGCAGACAAAGCAAGGGUGUUCACUCCCGACACAGUGGACACGUCGUGGGUGACAUUGAGAGAUCUACUUGGAUCUAAGAUAGUGUACGCUGAAUGUUCGCAACAGACCAAUACGUUGGACUAUGGUGUUUACGUUUGUUGCAUGACAGCUUAAUUGAUGCGAAAGCUAGCAAAACUAAGUAAGCACACGAACAUUACCGCAAAAUAUAUAACAAAAGUUGUUAGCGCGA